AUGACUGUAGCAUCUAUAUCAUUCCUUUUGUGUCUGUUGAGAAUUUUCCUCAUCUAUGCUGUCCUAGGCUUCCUAAAUUUGCAUUGCUCCAGUGGAGAGAAGGAAUUUUCCUUUCACCUAAAUGAUGCUGAUGUCAAUGUGACCAGAAGCAGAUGGCGUCGAUCUCCAAACAACCCACCACAGCCCAUUGAUUGUAAUGUUUCUAGCUGGUCCUCAUGGAGCAUUUGUGACCCUUGCCAGAAGAAAAAGUAUAGGUUUGCCCGUGUGGAACGGCCUUCUCAGUUUGGCGGUGACCCAUGUGAUUACACAGACAAAGAAACUGAAGACUGUGUUCCAGAUGGCCCUUGCAGAAAUAUGGUUAGAUGUGAAGGAUUUCUAUGUGGUACAGGAAGAUGCGUUAAUGAGAGACUGCGCUGCGACGGAGAGGAUGGCUGUGGAGAUUACUCAGAUGAAAAAAAUUGUAAGAAAGUAUCUAACGCGUGUGACCAAGAUACUGAACAAUACUGGGGCAUCCAGAUGUUAGCAAGUGGAUUAAAUAUCUUCACAAAUAAUCUGGAAGGAUUAGUUCUGGAUCAUAGCUAUUAUGGUUUAUCGUGUUAUCUACAGUAUAUCGGGGACACCAGAUUUAGAAAACCCUACAAUGUACAUAGCUAUUCAGCAGAGACCAAAGGCACAUUUGGUUUUACAUUGACUGAGCAUGAAUCUUACUCAAGUUUUGAAGAAAAUGUAUCUGGGAAAAGAGCAACACAAAAAGACUUCAAAUUGUAUAUACCAAUACCAUUGAUUUUGGACUUUGGUUUCAGUCAUGAUGACUUCAGGUACAGACGGUUCAUUCAGCUGACAAAAAGGUUUUCUUCAACAUCUAGCAAAUUUAUCCAUGGACAUUCAGAGCUGGAAGUUGCCAAGUAUAGACUGAAAACUCGAGAUUUGAUGCUUCACUAUGAGUUCUUCCAGAGACUUCUUCGCUUACCUUUGGAGUAUAGCUAUGGGGAAUAUCGAGAACUCUACAGAGACUAUGGAACACAUUAUAUCACUGAAGCAACCCUUGGUGGCAUUUAUGAUUAUACUUUGAUCAUGAAUGGUGAAGAGCUUCAGAAGGCAGGUUUCUCUUUAGAUGAUGUCAAGUUAUGUACACGUAUGGGAUUUAGAGCUGAUGUAAGUAUUCGCCGUAUUUCUUUAACGGCAGUUGUAUCAUCUGGAGGCUGUGACAUCAUUUUAAAAGAAAUUGGAGAUAGCAAGGCUAAAAAGAGGUUUGUGGAGGACUUCGUAGCCGUUGUUCGUGGAGGUGCAAGUGAGCAUGUUACGGGUCUUGCUUCCAAAAACCUGCCAACAUCAGAAGUGAUGAGAGAAUGGGGAGAGGCUGUUCAGUACAACCCUGAAAUCAUCCGGAUGAAGGUAGAGCCGCUUUAUGAAUUAGUGACUGCAACCAGCUUUGCAAAUGUCAAUACCCUGAAGCAAAAUAUGAGGAGGGCCUUAGAGGAGUUCCAACAGGAAACCAGUAGUUGUCGUUGUGCUCCAUGCCAGGGCAAUGGGACCCCCAUAUUGAAAGGAACUCGCUGUGACUGUCUAUGUCCUAUAGGGCAUCAAGGCGUUGCCUGUGAGAUCACACAAAGGACAGAUGUUGCUGUAGAUGGGAAUUGGAGUUGUUGGUCCAGCUGGUCAGCAUGCUCUGGAGGAGAGCGGAGACGAAGUCGGGAAUGUAACAAUCCUAGUGCACAAAAUGGUGGCGAGCCUUGCUCAGGUCUAAAUGCUGAAACUGUUAAUUGUUAA